ACAACUAAAUAUCUUUCCCUUGAGAACAGGGAUUUGAGAGAUUAUGGCAUCUGAAGCUCACAAUGUUAAAAAACAGAAAGUAUUGCAUAUUGAAGGUCAUCCCAUUGAUCUCCCCAGGAAAAGAAUCUCUUCUUCCACUAAAAAGAUCAUGAAGGAGGGUAAGAAAUUUCCAAAACAGCUGGCUUCAUACACAAGCAGAGUAACAGUUGGAAAGACGGUGACCAGUCCCUUCUCUCUUUUCAAAGUGGUAUACUGUAAAAGGAAAGUUCAUUGUUAUACUCCAAAGCCUUGUUACAGAAAGAAACUGUGCCCUAAAUCUAGGGGCCGUGACAUGGCAAAUAAAGAAAAUGAACUGGCUUGUGCAGGGAAUCUGCCAGCAAAACUUCACAACAGUCGUACACACUUGCUGAAUUCUAGUGACUCUGGCUCAUCUCAAACAGAAGGCCCCUCAUCCAAAUACAGCGCAUUUUUUUCAGAGGUUUCUCAGGACCAUGAAACUAUGGCUCAAGUUCUUUUCAGCAGGAAUCUGAGACUGAACGUGGCUUUAACCUUUUGGAGAAGGAGAAGUAUAAGUGAACUGGUAGCCUACUUGGUGAGGAUACAGGAUCUUGGAGUAGUAGUAGACUGCCUUCCUGUGCUUACGAACAGUUUACAGGAAGAAAAACCGUAUGUUUCAGUUGGCUGCUGUGUAGAUCUUUUGCCUUUAGUGAAAUCUCUGCUUAAAAGCAAAUACGAAGAAUAUGUGAUAGUUGGUCUAAACUGGCUUCAGGCAGUCAUUAAAAGAUGGUGGUCAGAACUGUCUGCACAUACAGAAAAGGCAGAAGAUGGAAACAUUCAUAUUUUAAAACAACAGCUAAGUGUUUUGUGGGAAGAGGAGAAUCACCUUACUCUGGUUCCAGGAUAUACUGGUAAUAUAGCUAAGGAUGUAAAUGCUUAUUUAUUGCAGCUACACUGACAUGAUGGGGAAACAGUGUGUUUAUGUGGUGAAACAAUCCCCUAAAGUAUCCCUGAAAUAUGUACUGAAAGCCUUUUGAGAAAUACUGGCAGAAGAGAACUGAACUGUCAAGCUCUAUAAUGAAACCACUAACAUAACCCUAACAAUCUACUUCACAUUGAAGUGGAAAAAUGUCUAGUAGGAGCAACUUUUACUUCAGUGAGGUGAAAGUGCACUAUGAAAACUGUAUGCCUUUGCUGCAUUUGGGAUUCACUCAGUUAUUAGGUAUUCCUUUAAAUGCUACUGUAUUUUACAUCAUGGAAUAAAAGAAGAUGAAUUAUACUGUCAUGAAGAGAAGACAGCAGAACCAGUUAUGAGGAACCAACAAAAAACAAUCAGCAUUAAGAGCUUUUAAAUGUCUCUCACUAGAGAACUCCAAAAUGCACAGCUAUCUUCCAAUUACAGUAAAAAAUACAAAAAACUUUGGGAUAUUCAGUUACUUCUAUGUUUUAAUCACAUUAUUAAAGACAGUUUUUGUUUGCACUAUUGAGAAACUAUACAGCAAAGAUGCCUUAAUUACUAGUGUUUCAAAAAGCCAAUGUGUUAAAUGCAAAUAGCUAUUAUGUUCAGAUUGUGAUGAAAAACUACAAAAAUCAGGGUUUCACAUUGUGUAGUUAAUGAAACAUUGCACAUAUACAAAGAUUCAUGUAUGAAAAAUAUUGUAAAUACCUGAAGUUAAGCUUGGAUAAACAGUUAUUGCAAAUGUCAGCAGAAUGGUGAAUUUAUGUCUAACAAAUGUUUUUAUACUGUAUGUGGAUUUCUAACACAGUAAUCUUGUUCUGUAUCAUUCAAGCUACGUGCAAAUAAGUAAAUAUAUUAAAUAUAUCUACUGUUUUUUCUUUUCAAGUUAAAAAAAAUCAAUUUAUAAAAUAAUCUCUUCCACAAUACUUUUUAUUGUAGAUAUUUAUGUCUCUUGUUUGAAAUGUUUACAGCCAGAUGAGGCCAUGUUAUUCAAAUCACACCCUUUUUAUACUACCUCCUUUAAGAAACUGAGAAAGAGCUUUUGCAAAAUUGAUCAGUUUCUAACCUGAUCGAUGUUGGCAAAUUCAUACCAACAACAGCAUCAAGAAUACAGCUAUAAACUUUUACUGUCAUAUUGGUAUACUGUUCUAUUUUAAUUUAAAAGCUAUAUCUUAAUAGCUCUGAGGGAGUCUUAAAUCUUAGGCUUGCUGUUGCCUUUUUUAAUUUUGUGAUUAGGAAGCAUGCUUUUUCAGGUAAAACUUAUGAAGUGCCAGCUCUUCACUUAAAAAUAUACAUGCACAGCAUGUAUGACCAAAUAGACUACUUCCUUAAAAAUAAGUACUUGCAAAGGUUGUUUUCAUACCGAGCAUUAAGCAUGUGCACUUUUACUGACAUGCAGGAGAAAAGUCUUUUGAUAGCCCCAAGUGGUUUUUGCUUUACAGAUUAAAUAAAUGAAUUUUAUACUCCUGUAGUGGUCAAUAACUUCAGGCCUCCUGUUGAUUAGAUUUAUAAUUUAGUUUAUGUAUCACUGUUGCUGACUUCUGAAGGCCAACUAGAAAUCUGUCAUCAGAACUUGGUGCUUUUGGUUACUUGACAGUUCUGUAAACCACCAAAGGUUUUGCAUUUCCUAGAGUAGUCAGUUACAAAGAGUUUCUGGGGCAUCCCAAAACCACAGACUUCGUGGGACAAUCUGGAGACAUUCACAUAGCCAGUCUUUUUGCUAGAAUUGUUAUGUAUCAUUAGAGAUAUUUCACACUCAAAGUUUUGAGAUAGAACUUUUCAGAUGUUCUUACUAUCAAUUACAGAUCUAAAGGAACUAUGACAGCAUUCUUGUAUUUACUGUUCUGUUGAACACUUAAAUGAAAAGUAACAAAGUCUAGUUUUAUCAUUUGGGUGGCGAUUGCUGAAACUCUUAGAUUAUUCCUCAAGGAGAAUACUGUUUAUGGAAACUCAGAUAUUUUUUCUUUUAUUUUUUUUUUCUAAUAGAAUAAAGUAACUCAUGGCCAUUUAUUUCUGAUAAUGUAAGAAAGCAUAGUUGUAAUUGAUUAAAGGGAUGCUCUAGUAUUUAAAAAUCUAGCUUCUAUGUAGAUUUAGAUACAUGAGCUUAUAAUGAAUUCUGUAUGGCCAUAGUUACCAAAUCCGAUGUCUGGACAGUGCUUUUGUUUUAGAGACAAGGUAAGAUUGACUUGAGGAUCAUUACUGAGGAAUAUCUACUAAAGUAAUGCAUUCUUUUUAACUGCCAAAAGUUAUAUUUUGACAGCAUCAAUAACACAGUAUUAAGCAUUGUCAUUCGUAUCUGUGCCUUAUUUUAAAUGAAUUUUUUUACUGUUUUCAGGCAGCUAUUAGACUGUGAGAACAGGAUUCAGGUGUCUUGUGUUAUGAAAUUAUUUUUUCCAUUAUGUUCUUAAGUCAUUUAAACUAUUGGCAGUAAUAUUCGGGCUCAGCUUCUUGUAUUCUCUUUAGUUCUCAAAUGGCUAGGAAUCAGUUUUGGUGUUAUAGAAUGUACUUGUAUAAUACCUGGUCAAAGUUGGCAUGAGUUAAGUGUCUUAACAGCUGUGUAACUCCACUAAAUUCAUAUAGUUGUUUAAGUGAAUCGAAGAAUUAAGUUUAUGAGCUAUCUCAUGCAUAAAUGCUGAUCUUUAUGAUGCUUUCAAAAAAUGCUGGUUUUAGGAUGUGCCAGAAGAUCCUGGCAGAGUUAAUGCUUUUCCUGUAUGUUCUUGUGAUGCAGAAGCACAUAUGUACUUGAGGAUGAAGGAUGCCUCCACAAAGCUGUUCAUGUUAUACCACUUGAUAUGAAAUUGAUGUCUUUGAAAAACAGUAUGCUUUACCUCAGUGUUCCCUGAAAGCACUUGAGGCCCAUCUCCUAAACUGAAAUUAAGUAAUCCUUCUGUCAAACUGUCUCUUUCUGCAGGGCUGAAAAAAAAAAAAAAAAAAAAGUCCAAUAUUUUGUAAAUGUAAGUGGCCAAGUUGAGGUAUUGCUGAUAGCUUGCUGAAGAGUGAAGGUGGAAAAAACUAUGCCAUUAUUUAGCAGGGUAUGAAGAAGUUACCAUGUCUUAAUGAUUAUGUAUGUCUCUGUUUUGAUGGAGCUAUGCUUAUUUCUCAGGAAAGAGUACUCUACUCUUGUAUCACACAGGUACUGCAGUUCCACACCCCUUAAUAAUGCUUACAGAUUGUUGCUGGUAUUAAGCCCCCCAAGAGUUACCCUCUGCAGUGAGAUUCAAAUAAAAUGAUUUUUUCCCUCCUGUAGGUUGCUUUAUUAAAGGCUGCAGUUUUAACACUUGAGUUUGCAGGAGGGAUGGGAGACUAGGAAAGCACAGAGUACACAUGGCUUAUUCUGAGUGACAUCAACCCCACUGCAUUAUAAAGCAGACUGUAUUUUCAUUUUCUGGCGUCUUAAGUAGGCAAGUUUGGAGCUAAAUGUCUUUAUGCAUUUUGCAUUGAAGAGAAAAAGGUUUUGAAGAUGGAUCCUACAGUGUUAAUUUGUGAUUUUUUGGGGUUUUUUUCUUUAAAGAGUGGACAUUCUUGUGUGUGGAAACUUGAAAGUAUCUUAUGUGAAGCUUACAUUUUAGACUAGCAAGUGGUUGCUUUUGCCAGUUUAUCUUGCCAGAUCUUCCAGUUCUACAGAAGAUUGAAUGUCUGUCUUCAUGUGGAGAUUUGCAGCUAUUUUUUGUGCCUGGUUUUCUGGUGCAAAGUGAACAAUUCAUAGUUAACGAUUCAGAAUACAAAACCAUGCAAAUUAUGGUACUGGUGUGAAGUUAUUCCAGCUUUGCACAAUGCAAAUGCUGAAGUUUAUGAAAGCAGUUGAUUCUUUUGAGAGGAACUUUCUAUUGAGCUGAUGUUGCAUUAGUGAAGGAAAAAAAUGAAGCCGUUUUAAUAGCCUUGGUAAAAGCCAGACAGUGUAGUCUAAUUUUUGCCUUCAGUCUACCAUCCUACACACAGUAAUCAUUGUAGGCUACAGAUAAAGAUUCACAGAGAAAAUAGAUUGAGCAUGCUUGUGUUAUUAGUGCUUAUGUUAUCCUUCUUUAAACAAUUUAUGCUUAUUCCACAAGUUAAAUAGCUGUUUUUAUGUCUCCAAAUGAGACUAAAUGCAACUAUUUUUCUCCCCCUUUGCACAUAUAUUCUUUAGCACUUAAUCAUAUUAUUUAUUGCUCAUCUACUUUAAAUAUACUAAGAGUGUGUCUUGUUAGAAGUGAGGAGGGGAAGGUGAGAAUUCUAGACAAAACACAGGGCUAGGUAUUUAACAUGAUUCAGUUUGAAACAACUGUGAAAAAUUUCCGUCUAUAAAACUUUUCAUGCAAGUUUUGUUAAUACCUAUGAUACAAAGUGUGCACUCACAGCUCUAAGUUUGACUUUGAAUUUGGUUGGAAAAAAAUAAAGUGCUUUCAUUCUAAAUAACCAUAGCUGCAGUAUUGUUUCUUGUUCUUGUUUUUUGCAUUGAGUACUAAGCUGGACUCAGAUACUAACCUGCCAUAAAGGAGGCAGGAGGUGUAGCGCUGUCCCUUAAAGGGAUAAAAUGGUCUUCAACUAUUGCAGACCUAGAGUAUUUUUGUUUCUGUACUGGCAGGAGUUUUGUAGUACAUCUCUUUAUGUAGAUUGUGGCUGUUGAUCAUUGCUGUAAAAUGAGAUCUACUUUCAGCUUGAAUGUGUUUCAUAGUGGUUGUGAUUCAUACAGAUCACUGCUUCAAUUCAGGCAGUCACUACUUUGAGAGCUGUAGUGUAGAUGAGCAGCUAAGUGUUGGGGUCUCAAACACCUGUUCUUUGCUGUAACAAAACACAAGGACACAUUUAUCUUUCUCUCCUUUUUAUUCUUCCCUUGUUCUUUUAUUUAAGUUCUUAGAACUAUUUGAAUCCCCUUUGGAAAGUGAAAAUAUGAUAAAAUGUUUUUACAAAUAUGCUUCUGACUUCUUUUAAUACAGUUCUGUGAAUAACAGUUUUCUGUGGAUUUAGGAAGGAGGCUGUUUUCUGUAUGUAUAGGCUCGAAAUAAACAGAACCUUUACUUACUACUUUUA